GCGAUAUGUAUUAGAUUGUAAAAGCAUCGAUUAAGUACAGAGUAGACGUAAUAUAAUUAUAUGGGACUUGGUAUCUCGCAAAUUUCAACUGAAUACCAACUUAAAAAGAUCAGAGUAUUUUCUAUUACAUUGGACAAGCGUGCUUAAGCGUUUAUACAAUGAUCGAUCUGAUUGUUACAUUGCUCUAACAUAGGGAAUAUAUCACGCCUCAUAGGUCACAUGGUCCCCCAAACAUGGGACAUGUAAAAGCAGCGACAGGUAUAUUAGCUCUAUCCUGUAUUCAGUCCGUGACGAAACAUUCCGGUUAAUUUGUGUCGAUAAACGAAACAAUUUUACCGAUCUACAUAUAUACAUACAUACAUGCAUACAUGCAUCCAUACAUACAUAUGUGACGAUACCUAUGUAUACUUGAAUUUAUAAUGUACUCUUCCCUUUCCUCUCUGCUUUCUUCCUCUCUUCAUUUUUAUAUUACGAUCGAUCUCAUUGUCAGUCUGUCGGUUUACUAUUUUUCUUGUACAUCUUCUUUUCGAUCGUAUCUUGUUACUUUUUCCUUUAUCGCAUUCACCGAAUUACUGUAUUGCAUUCUUUUUUUCGCUUUUGAUUAGAUUCGUUAUUUAAUCUUUUUCAUUUCUUCAUUCUCAUCGUUGUCGUUGGAAUUUUAAUGCAUAUUUCACAUCGAUGCGCCCUGAUAAUCAUGGAAUGCACAUUUCACAGUAAUACCAAGUAUGCCUGUUCUCGUUUCUUGAUCAACAAUUGUAUCGACGUCUCGAUCAAGGUGAAAAGUCUGACACGUUCUCUUAGAACGUAAGAUCAUGACAUUCUCGAAAUAUUUCACACAAGUUCUCUUAGAUUCGGAAAAUAAUGUUUUGAUUUGUUUGUAAUCUCACACGAAGAGUAUAGAUACGAGAUAAAAGCUCAGCUAUAAAUAACUGACAACAUUUAUCUUAUUUAAAAGCAAUUUUCUCCUUUGAAUUAGCUUACCUUAAUAAUAGUCGUUUCCUUGAUCUUCUUUUUGCGUUUAAGUUAUGUAAUUUUAAUCUUCGUUCCAACUAUGCUCUAAGACAAUUUAAUUAAAAUAUAAAUAAUGAUUUAUAAAAAGAUGAUUUAUAAUCUUUACGAAAAAAAUGAAAGUUAUUAAUACGUUAUAUUAGAUAUUAGAUAUUAGAUAGAUAUCGAUACGAUAUAGAUAUGUAUUUAAAAAUUGAUAUAUCAUACGCAGGUGAUGUUCGGUUUAUCCCUGUAUGUUUCUCAAUCAACUGUAAUCGAUAUUGUCAGAAAGUCAAAAGUAGGAGUAAAGUGGCUGUUGAAACUGUUGAAAGUUUGGAAGCACGAAGAACGGCAGCAAUAAGGAUUAAAACAGUAUUUAUGGUGUAUGUAGUAGUAGUAAUAUAGAAUGACGGAAUAACUCGUACUGUAGAUUUACUCAAAUAAGCGAAGGGGCAAAACAGUGAUGGGGACUGACAGUCGUAUUCGCUUAUGGCCACAUACAUGUAUGUCUUCGUUUUAUAAGUGACGUCAUCUUGUUCCUGCGAUAGGAACUUCUCCUGGUGACGCUGGCAACGACAUCAGUCAAGAAGGGGUAGAGUGGUAGGUAGGGUGAGAAAGAGAAUGGCAACGCAAAGGAAGGGGAAGAAGAAGUUGCAACGAAACGGAACAGUACGAAUUCAAACGGAUCGAACCGUUUCAGAUCGGAUCAUAGCCUUACAGAGGGAAAGGACGGAAAAAGACCACAGAAUGAUCGGUAGAUCAGUGGGGAGAGGUACAAGCACUCUUUCAAAGCGGACACGUAUGUACGUGAAAGUAACUCUUACUAUUCAGCGGCGAUCGGGAACUUGUUGGUGCUUUAUGGUGUCGGCAGUCUGGUUGUUUGUAUCGUAUUUAAAAUACGGUGCGCAUAAUUGCGUAUUAUUGUUGUGUAUUUUGUUCGUUAUUUCAGGAGACGUACGAACAAUAAAGUGAAAAACAUAAGAAUAAGGAAGGGUGAUGCACAAUCGUAUAUGACAUAGAGUUUGUCUAUGUUUCAAUUCAUAUCGAACUUAUAUAUCUAGGAAGAACGGAAGAACGGAUAGAUCAUCGAACUUGGAAGAAAACGGAACAGGUGUCAUACACAACAUUCGGUGCGAAGUGCGCUUAAUCAUCGAGAUUCAAAAGAAUUAAAUAAUGGUUCUGAUUUUGUCUGUGGAACAGUUGCGCAUAUAUAAAUACAACAAUUUCGCACAGUCUUUUGUCUUUCUUUUUUAAGUCGCUUCUAAGAGACAUAGUAUACCGCGCACACCGACAUAUACAUUUUGUUUCAUUUUUAAUACGUUUAUUUAACUUUUUCGUCCGCUUCUCUCGGAAAAUCUCUAUUCGUCAGUGUACAGAAAUGAGAUAUUGAUUAUACUAAUUACUCAUUUACCGUGUGUGUGUGUCUUCAUCAAGGGAAUGUUAAUGUUAGUAAUGACAACGGUCGUGUAUACUUCGAUCAAGGCGAACGAAUAUUAAAAAUAGAGCGAAACCAACAGAACACGUAAUGAUUUUGUUACAAAGAGAAAAAUGAGAAAAGUAUAGGAUUCGCUUAAGUUUAUCAUCUCAUCUUAUCCUUGGUGCGUAUACGGUGGUCAAAGUGUUACAUCGAAGAGGAUCGGGAAUAAACUCCGCUGUGAUUACUCUGAACAUUCGUUAUGAUAACGAAUUGUUAUGAAACAAUUUAAAAUUGGUAAUGGCGAAAGAAAAAUCUUUUCGUGUUUGUUGUAACUUGUAAUAGUUGUGUUUUCUUUGCCAAGUGUUUCGUGAUUUGUGCUUCGAUCAAAUUGGUUUUGUUCCAGUCGGAAAGAACAUUUACAUUCUCGCGUAUAUAUCUUCAACUUAGAAACAUUAUCGUUGGUGAAUUUACUUAUUGCUUUGUACAUAUAUAUAAGCGUUGAGAAUGAAUGGAUGUUCGGCUUAAAAAGAAGAAGAAGAAGAACUUGCAUGCGAACAACUAACCGAACAUUAAGUGAUCUUCGUCGGGAGUGCCGUGGGUACGUGAAUUUUUAAAAUCGCGUAUUUUUCUUCGUUCCGUUCUUUAUUUCUGCCGUUCUCUCUAUCUUUUCUUCUGUUUCUUCUUCUUCUUCUGCUUCUUCUAUUUCUUUUCUUCUUCUUUUCUUUCUCCUUUCCCCUUUUAUACUUCCUCGCCAUUGACAUUGCCGUUAAAUAUCCAUUCACUCCCAUAUCUUUCAUAUUCCUUUCAUUCUCUUCGAUUGUUCGAUCAUGAGAGAAGCUGUAGUACUUGCCACAUGUUUAUUGGGUAUCGUGUUUGCUGGAAGUCCUAGACUACCCAGGACCUCUGCCGAUGAACGUAAUACCCGUAACGUUAGUAACAAUGGAGGCAACGUCACUGGAAACACGAUACCGAUACCUAGCCGCAAUUCUCAACGAAAUAGAGAGCAAUACCUCUUUAACGUUUUCGAGGUUAUAGUCUCGACUUUGGAAUCAAAAUUACAGCGCAUUGAAAAUUUGGACAAAGCGGUGGAACACUUGAUGAGAAGAGUGGAAGCUUUGGAUUCACGCGUGAAUGAUAAUAUCGAUAAAACCGAUGCAGUUAUUACAAAGCUACGAACAUUAGAUCUAAAACUUUUCAAUUCUCAUCAAAUUGAAUUUUCUUCAACUGAAUCUGCAUACUCGACAAAAAGGAGCGAUGAUAAAAACGACAGUGAAAUCAGAAGCGGCUCGAAGUUACAAGCAAUCCAUCAGAAGCGAGAAAAUCCAUCAUCAUCCGAUUUCACUCUUGGUGAAAAAUUAUUGUCACUUGAUCAAAAGGUAUCGGAUAUAGAUAAUAAAUUGAUCGAUUUGAAACAUCAAUUGGAUAAUAACUUGUUACAAAAUGACGACAUAAAUGCCGAAGCCAGCGAGAAAAAGCCAGUCAGUAUGAGCGUAAUCGAAAUCACUAAAGCGAUGAGUAACGAAGUAAUAAAUCACAUUACGAUCGAGAUAGAAAAUUUAAGGCAAGCGACCAACAAUAUGGACAGAAAGUUACAGUUUCACGUAAACUUGGUUUCCGAUCGUUUGGGAACUAUUUACAACAUGAUGAGUGACGUGCACGAUGCGAUAUUAGUGAGAGGAAGUACGAACGGUCGACCGGCGUUCAACGUUACAACGACAACGACAACCACCGAACCGCCACCGCCAAGGCAGAGUAAAAUCGAUCGACUCGUCGAACAAAUAUAUCCAAUGUUGACUGUAUCGGAGAAAAUGGAUGAAGUUUGGAACGUCGUGGUUGGCACGAAAAGUUCCGUGGACGAUCUCUUGCCAAAAUCCGAUGAAUUACUUACACAAACGCAAAGACAAGAAAGAGCGAUCAGUGAAAUUCAUGCGGAUUUAAGAUCGAAAACGAAUAAGAUUAUCGAAAAUUUAGAAGGAGUGGAGAAUAGACUUCGAAAGCAGGAGGACGACGUAGCUAGCCUUGCUCAACGUCCAAUACCUGCGGAAUUGCUGCUGGAUCCCACGAUCGAUCGCCUUGUCGAAUACGACUCCAAUAGAUACGUUGGACUCUCUGAUGACAUUGCAGUUGAAACAACCGUUUCACCGGUCAAUCCGACUACCAUAGUUUCGUCUGUGUCGAUGUCCAUGUCUUCCUCGACCUCGUCGAACGCCGUAUCGAUCAAUAAUUUCAUUAAUUCAAGCAAUAUAGCUGGUUCCACUAAUUUCUCCAACUCGACAGCCAGUCCUUCAAUAGGCCCCCCAUUAUCCCCGAGUUCGCAGCGAUCAUCGUCUAAAAAUCGUGGUGUUAUAUUUCCAAGUGUCAAAAACAAACCAAGUCCAGCAAAUUCGACCUUUACCACCGAUGCGUUCCUUAAUUACAAAGAUGUUAAGGGCUAUUCAUGCGUUGAUUUGUUAAAUGCUGGCAUGAGAGAUAGCGGUGUCUAUUACCUUCAAAUUCGUGGAACAACCUAUUGGUUUCUCAAGGUUUAUUGCGAGCAGGAUAUCGCCGAAGGAGGUUGGACGGUUAUUCAAAGAAGAGACGAUUUCGGCGAGCCAAGAGAAAAUUUCAAUCGUGAUUGGGCUGAUUAUAAAAACGGUUUUGGUGAUCCUGCUCGAGAGUUUUGGCUUGGCAACGAAAACAUAUAUAUGUUAACUAACAACGAAGAUUACAUGCUUCGGGUGGAACUCGAAGACUUCGAAGGUAAUAAAAGGUACGCACAGUACUCUCACUUCAAAAUCUAUUCAGAAGGAGAAUAUUAUAAAUUGGAGAUUGACGGUUAUGACGGAAAUGCCGGUGACUCAUUAAACGAUCCAUGGUACGGUUCGAACAAUAGUCCGUUUUCCACGUACAACAGGGACAACGAUAGGUCAUCGUUGAACUGCGCUUCCAUGCUAAAAGGCGGAUGGUGGUGGAAAUCGUGCGGACGAGGAUUAAACGGCCUUUAUUUGAACGAUCCUCAGGAUUUAACCGCUCGACAAGGUAUCGUAUGGUUCCGUUGGAGAGGUUGGGAUUAUACUUUGAAACGUGCCACGAUGAUGAUUAAACCAAAAGGACCAACAACAGCAAUGAUAUAGACGAUAAUAAUAAUAAUAAUAAUAAUAAUAAUAAUAAUAAUAAUAAUAAUAAUAAUAAUAAUAAUAGAAAAAUGUUUUCUAGAAGAAUCGCGCCACGUCCGUAAUGCUCGGUACGAUAACGGAUGACGUCGUUUAUCAGUUACCAAAUAUACAUAUACACGUGUAAGAAUGUUUGGAAAUGUCGAAUGAGAAAACACUCUUUUACCGAUUAUCUGUUCUCCAUUUUUCUUUAUUAAAUACAUUUUUGUUUCUUACUUGUUUCGAUCCCGUUCUAAUCAAUAAUUGGAAACGUACAAAACGAUUCGUGUAAAUUUUCCUUAAAUUGAAGAAAUUAAAAAUAUAUGCGCAUUAUAUAUGUAUAUGUGAAGAAUGGGCGAUAUAAAGUAUGAACUCCCUAUGA